AUGACGGGCAAAGAUCACCCGACGUCGAGUUCGGCGGUCGUUGACUUGAAGAACGAUGAGAUCGCGUUGGAACGCCUUGGUUAUCAACAAGUUCUUCAUCGGAGCUACUCGCUCUUUGAAAACUUCUCCACCUCUUUCGCGGCAUUGUAUUUCGUCGGAGGUGUUCGCGUGACCUUUACUACUGGAAUUGCAGCUGGAGGUCCUUUGGCAUACUGGACAAGCUAUAUCGUGACGUGCGUCUUCACGUUUAUCACCGCCGCAGUCAUUGCAGAAGUCUGUUCCGCGGCCCCGACUGCAGGAUCAAUCUACCUGUGGGCUGCAGAAGCCGGAGGCCGGCGAUUCGGGCGGCUGUUUGGAUUCAUCGUCGCCUGGUGGAGUACGACUGCCUGGACGACCUUUUGUGCCAGCAAUACCCAGUCCACAGUCAACUAUAUGCUAUCUGAGCUGACCGUAUUCAACGUGGACUUCCCAACAGACACAUCUAGCAUCAAAUUCCGUGCACUGCAAUGGAUCUGCACGGAAGUGAUGCUGGCAUUGGCAGCAUGGAUCAACCUUGGCUCGCCGCGGAUAUUUCGAUAUGUCUUCUGGCUUUCGACCGGAGCCGUGUUUCUGGAUUUCAUCCUCAACCUUGUCUGGCUUCCGAUCGGCGCGCAUGAGACUUAUGGCUUGCGUACCACCCACGAAGCAUUCAUGACCACGUAUAACGGCACCGGAGCCCCAGCUGGUUGGAACUGGUGUCUGUCGUAUUUGGCGACCGCAGGGAUUCUGAUCGGAUUCGAUGCAUCGGGGCAUGUUGCCGAAGAGACGAAGAACGCCUCCCUUAAUGCAGCGAAGGGGAUCUUCUGGAGUACAGUCAUCAGUGGAGUGCUAGGACUGACUGCGGUGAUCCUGUUCCUGUUCACAACACCCCCCAUCGACGUCCUAUUCUCAUACGACGCCCCGCAGCCCUUCGUGCCCUUGUAUGCCGUCGCCCUCGGCCGCGGAGGCCAUAUUAUCAUGAACAUCCUCUCCAUAGUAGCUUUAUGGCUCAACACCGCGAUCGCAAUCACCGCUGCCUCACGGCUGGUCUUCGCCGUCGCCCGUGACGGCGAAGAAGGCCAGCCGCGCAACGCCAUCCUCGUCGUCUGGGGCGUGUCUGCCCUGAUCACCUGCACGAUCCUCCCUUCGGCUGUGGCGUUCACCUCGCUCGUCUCCGCCGCUGGGGUCCCCUCCGCUGCGGCAUACGGACUGAUCAGUCUGGGUAGGCUGACUCUGACGCGCAAGGAGAAGCUGGAUGCGAAGUGGUCGCUUGGCAGGUGGAGUAAGCCGUUUCAGUUGAUUGCUGUGAUUUGGAAUGCCUGGGUUGUGGCGGUUCUCUUCUCUCCGUAUGAGUUUCCGGUUACUGCGGGGACGUUGAAUUAUGCCCCCAUUAUCAUGGCGAUUGUGACGAUCUUUGCGGUGGUGUCGUGGUAUUUGACCCCGGCGGACGCGUGGUUACGGCAGGAGUUGAUCGAGCAGGUGGCAGCCGCAUCGACGGAGGCAGCAGAUUCCUAAAUCUUACUUCCAUGGGCUAGGGAGAUUCGGG